CCCACAUCAAACAGUGCUCCCAUAAAUCUAAUCAUUCCAUACUUAUCUCACAAUUUAAUAAAUCAAAAGCAAACAAUGCCAACAAAUUGGACUGACAAACAAUAAUCGUCAUCUCCUCACAAAAAAAUUUGAGUCUUGUUUCUUCUCCUUUUUACCCUUCUGUCUCCAUUCCCUCUUUAAAAGCCAUUAAAUUUCUCCCUUCUGAUCCACUCCAGAAUCACAUAAAGCAUAAAAAGAUUGAAUCUUUAGAAGAUCCAACCCUUCCCCCUCCUCUUUCAAUGACGCCGGAGGAGGGAUUGGAUGCCUCCAACCUCUCAUCGCACCAUGGGCACCAUCACCACCACCACCACCAUCAUCUCAUGGAUUGGCUUGAGGAUUCCAUCUCCUUCCUCCCCACCUUUCUCAACGAACCUUACUCUGUUCCUGAAGAGGUGCUCCCCUGCGACUGGUGGGUUCAGCAACAAAGCAUGUCUUUGACCGCCGCCGCCGUACCACCUAUUGCCAUCAUGGCCGCCAAGCCGGAACCGCUCCCUGAGACACCCAGAUCGGAAAUACCCAAAAAACGCAAACUUGCUGCGAGGCAAACCGCCGGCGAGCUUGACGAAGAACGUAAGCCGCAGGUGAAUAACGGAUCAAGGAAAGUGCAAGGAAGAGGAAGCUUAUCAAACUCCGGCGGUGGCGGGGGAGUUGGUGGUGGGAGCAAAGAGGUGAGGUGGGCGGAGCAGCUUUUGAAUCCUCUCGCGGCGGCAAUCGAUGCUGCGAACCUCUCCCGCGCGCAGCACCUUAUCUACGUUCUUCAGGAACUAGCAUCGCCCACCGGCGACGCAAACCAUCGCCUCGCUUUCUACGGCCUGCAAGCCCUCUCCCGCUCCUUCUCUUCUUCCUCUUCUUCGCCGCUGAACUACUUGUCUACGGAACCUCGGCUUUUUCGCUCUGCUCUGAUAAAGUUCCACGAUGUAAGCGCUUGGUUCGCGUUUCCGAACUGUUUGGCGAACGCGGCGAUUCUUCAAGCGGCGGCGUGCGGGCGCGCGGGGGCUGUGAGGAGCGGGAGUCUUCACGUUGUGGAUGUUGGAGUUUCGCAUGGAUUGCAAUGGCCGACGCUAAUGGAAGCGCUUGCGAGACGCGGGGUCGGGUUGGUGGGGCAGGGGAUGGUUCAGUUGACCGUGGUUGAAAUUGGGUCGGGGGGGCCGUUCGGGUCGGCUCCGGCAGGUUAUGAUUUUGGGCCGCAGUUGAUGAGGUAUGCUAAGUCUAUUGAUUUGAAUUUGAGGGUGGAGAGAGGAGGGAUGAGAAGGGGGGUGGAGAAGGAGAUAAUGGUGUUGUGUUUGCAGUUUCGGGCCGGGCGGGUCGGGUUUGGGUUUUGGAAGAUGAUGAGGGAGAUGGAGCCGGAUUUGGUAGUAUUGACUGAGAUGGAAGAAGUGGAGGGUGGGGGUGGAGGUGGUGAUAAGGGUUUUGGAAAAAGGGCGGAGUUGUUAUGGAGAUUUUUGGACUCGACUAAUGUGGCAUUUAAGGGGAGGGAUAGUGAGGAGAGGACAGUGGUGGAGGGGGAGGCAGCGGGAUUGUUGGAGGAGGAGGGGGAUGAGGGGGAAGGAAGGGGGAGGGAGAGGUGGAGGGAGAGGAUGGAGGGGGAAGGGUUUAAAGAGGAAGGGUUUGCGGAGGAGGCGAUAGAGGCAGGGAGAGCUUUGUUGAAGAAAUAUGAUGGGAAUUGGGAGAUGAAGGUUGGGGCGGAUGGGGCCGUGGGAUUGUCUUGGAAAGGGCAAAUUGUCUCCUUCUGUUCGCUCUGGAAGCCAACUUAUAAGGUGACGACCAGUGUUUUUGGUGGCAGAGCAAGAAGGCAUUAG